UGAGUGGCCUCCUUCACCGACCCACGAAAGAGAACAGCUCCACGCGACAGAGAGACAGCAACUGCCCGACCGCACUCCUCUUCCACCUCCCGCCCACGCCCAGAUCUCCCGGAGCUUCCAGAGAGCAGCCUCGCCCCCACUCGAGGACAGACAUGGCGGCCUUCACCAAGCUCGAGGACUCCCCCAUGUUCCGCAAGCAGGUCAAUUCUUUGGAACAACUUACCGAUGAACUGAAACAGCGGUGUUCAAACCUUCAUAAAGGAUGCAAAAAAUUCAUGGGAUCUCUUGAUGAAGGAUAUGCAGGAGAUCUAUUAUUUGCUGACGCCCUAGAAGCUUUUGGUGCUGGUCGAGAUGACCCUGUUAGCGUUGCCAUUGGAGGGCCUGUAAUGUCCAAGUUCACUACUGCUUUUAGGGAGCUUGGAACGUACAAGGAGCUCCUUCGUUCCCAGGUCGAGCAUAUGCUUAGUGAACGUUUGACGCAAUUCAUUAACGAGGAUCUGCAUGAUGCAAAGGAUUGUCGACAGCGUUUGGAUAGGGCUACAAUGAGCUAUGAUCAGGCCCGUGAAAAAUUUGUGUCAGUGCGGAAAGGGACUAGAGCAGAAGUAGUGACCGGACUUGAGGAGGAUCUACACAAUGGCAAGUCAGCUUUCGAGAGAUCCCGCUUUAACUUAGUUCAUGCCCUUGCAAACAUUGAAGCAAAGAAGAAGUACGAGUUCUUGGAAUCAAUAAGCGCGGUGAUGGAUGCCCAUCUAAGAUAUUUUAAGCAGGGAUUCGAGCUACUGAGCCAAAUGGAACCAUUCAUUCACCAGGUUCUAACAUAUGCGCAGCAAUCAAAAGAAAUGGCUAUGAAUGAGCAAGAUAAACUUGCAAAGAGAAUUCAAGAGUUCAGAACUCAAGAAGAAAUAGCAAACUUGAGAAUGGCUAGUAAUGUAAACACAUCUACGAGUGGUGAUGGCAUACAUGUUGUUGGUCUUCAAUCCUAUAAAAAGAUUGAAGCCUUAAUGCAGUCAACUGCCAAUGGCCAGGUUGAAAUAAUUAAACAAGGUUAUCUCUUUAAGCGUUCUGAAAAUCUACGAGGAGAAUGGAAGAGGAGGUAUUUUGUUCUUGACAGCCAUGGGACUCUGUACUACUACGGGAACAAGGGAAAUAAACAAUCGCAAGGAGUGGCAUCACAGCAAACUGCUGAACCGACUGGUGUAUUUAGUCGCUUCAGAUUCUUAAAUCCAAAAGCUUCAUCUCAGGGGGAUGAUUCUCUUUCAUGUCGUACAAUUAAUCUCAGAACUUCAACAAUUAAGAUGGAUGCUGAAGAAAAUGAUUUAAGAUUUUGCUUCAGAGUAAUCACUCCCAUGAAGGCAUACACUUUACAGGCGGAGACAGAGGCUGACCAAAAGGACUGGAUCGAAAAAAUAACAGGAGUUAUUGCAUCACUGCUGAAUUCACCAUUUUCGCAUCAGCCGCCAUAUGGGAAUCUAGCAGCAGAAAGUCAUGGUUCUGCAAGUUCUCUUGAUUCUGCUGCAUCUCUUGAAGAGAGCAAAAGUUCAGAAGCACACAGUGAUGCAAUAAACCAUCUCAGGAAUAUCCCUGGAAACGACAGUUGUGCAGAAUGUCGUUCUCCAGAUCCUGAUUGGGCAUCUCUAAACUUGGGUAUUCUUAUUUGCAUCGAGUGCUCAGGGGCUCACAGGAAUCUUGGAGUCCAUAUUUCAAAGGUUCGAUCCUUGAGAUUGGAUGUGAAAAUAUGGGAGCCAGUAAUUAUUGAUUUGUUUCGUGCACUUGGAAAUGAUUACAAUAAUUCCAUUUGGGAAGCUUUGCUUCCAAAAGAAGAUCAAGGAAUGGAUGAGUCAAAUAGCGCUAUCCUGUUCAUGGAAAAGCCUAAACCUACUGAUGCAUUCUCAAUAAAGGAAAGGUUCAUACAAUCAAAGUACGUGGACAAACUUCUUAUUGCCAAAGACGCCAAUCAAAUUACCAUUGGUAUACUGGAAGCUAUAAGGACAAAUGAUGUGAGAGCAGUGUAUCGCAUUCUUGUGUUGGCUGAUGCAAGCCCUAACAUGACAUACGAUGAGUUGAACAACGACGUUAAUCAUGUUCUACCAGUAACAGACAGGAAAUUAUUUGAUCCAGCCUCUUGUGAGAAAAUAGAGGAUUCCGGGAGACCGGAAGGUUGUCUGCAAGGCUGCUCCUUAUUGCACUUGGCAUGUCAACAUGGUCAUCCUGUACUAGUGGAGCUUCUGCUACUUAUGGGCGCGGAUAUUAAUAAGCGGGAUUUCCAUGGACGGACACCAUUGCACCAUUGUGUCCAAAAGAGUAAUGAUGCCCUUACCAAGCAUCUACUGAAGAGGGGUGCAAGAACAACAAUUAAAGAUGGCGGGGGCCUGACUGCUUUGGAGAGAAGAAUGGAGCUUGGAGCAAUAACAGAUGAAGACUUGUUCAUAUUAUUUGUGAGGUGAUUGUGGAACAAUACUCCUAGGUUGUGCCGCUGUAGCCGUAGCAAGCAAAGCUCGUCUGUAUCUGAAGGAGGCGUCGUGCCACCUGUUUUAGCAUCUUCUACACUUUUACAUCGGAAGACAAGACAAAACACUUACUGGAGAUUAUUGUAUCUGACCUUUGCACUGCGUCGCUCCUUUGUAUUACAACUAUAGGCUAGUAGUUUGUAUGAUUUCCCUUUUGUGAAGCAUAUCAUACUAUACUAUAUAUACAUUUGGGCAAUGUAAGCCUGUUUUAUCU